CUAUUACGUCACACGGGGAGACGCGCUGUGAUACUGACAGUAACGCGCCGUCUGCCGUCGCGACGAGACCUACUUUAAUUCCAGUCCAACUCAGCCGGUCUGUUUCCUACGAAGCAGCGUGGAUUUAUCUCGCCUGAUUCUUCUCACAGGAAGAGUCACAGAAGAGAAGAAAUGUAGUCAAGUUGUGCAUAAAACAACGCGAUGACUCAACUGACAUUUGGUGAAGUCGAGGAGUGGCUGGACACUCAUCCAGACCUAUGUCAGGACUACUUUCUACGCAAGACAGAUCUGUCAGCAAUCAAUGCAUGGCUCGUGUCCCACGGAUUUCUCACCAUUGACGACUAUGUGACCUGCAGUAGCCGAAGAGGCUCAGGAUCUUCCCAGGGAGGAAGCAGCGGGACGAGUCCAAACGGGGGAAGUUCCUACUUCAGCAGCACAGCCGUGGCUUCAGAAGACCCAUCGAGCAUCAUGCACAACUCUCUGAGUCAGCAACAGCAGAUGAAUUUGCUGACGUCCACUUCAGUUAUCAUGAACGGGAAUCACAAAAGGAACAACUCGAAAAGAUGUCUCCGACAUGACUUCGCUAGAUCCAAGAGUCGAAGUGUAUUCAGGACACACGAAGUUAUUGGCACAUGCGGAUUUGUCGAGCAUUCCGGAACUUCCUCCAGCAGACGCUCUUCGCUUAAAGACAUGCGCAAGUACACGUCGCUUCCUCCAAAUUCCAUCAAUAUGCUGUCCCUUCUGAUCGAGUCCAAGAUCCGACUUCCCCAGUGCGCCCCUGCGCCAAACCGCUCUGCGAAGCGAGAGUUGUUGAGAGCCCAGGGCGAGAGGGACUUCUUUCUGGGCAUAGUCAGGGACGUGGCGACUGACCUGGACCUCAAGUCUCUGUCGCAGAAGACAGUGGACAACCUCGCGGUGCUUCUGGAUGCUGAUGGCGCCUCCCUCUUCCUGGUGGACGGACCACGUGGAGGACGCCAGUCUCUCGUUUCCAAGGUAUUCGAUGUGCACAGCGGGGUGAGCAAGUUCCUGCUGCCGGGAGGAGUCGGAGGCCCUGCGGACAACGAGGUGCAGGUGCCCUGGGGAGUGGGGGUUCUGGGGCACGUGGCUGAGACCGGGGAGGCAGUUAACCUUCAGAUCGCCUGUGAGGAUCCGAGGUUCGACGACGAAGUUGAUCGCAUCACAGGAUACCACACGGACUCUCUGCUAUGCAUGCCCGUAAGGAACGCUUACGACGAGGUCAUCGCAGUGGCGCAGGUCAUUAACAAAAACCCCGACAUCGAUAAUGGCCAGUUCACGGAGAAGGACGAAAAGAUGUUCGAGACAUAUCUGCAGUUCGUUGGCAUUGCCAUUACAAAUGCUCAGAUUAUGGAGGCAUCCAGACGGGAAUAUGAACGCAACAGGAACCUGCUGGAGGUGGUACAUGAUCUGUUUGAAGAGCAGACGUCGCUGGAGAAAGUGACACUUAAAAUUAUGCAGAGGGCUCAACGAUUGCUCAAGUGUGAAAGGGCUGCAGUUCUGCUCCUGGACGAGAAUGCAGACACCGUCAAAUUCUCUAAACUAUUCGAGCUCACCUCUCCGGCUCACAGCUCCAACCACAUCAG